AGGGGGUUCCAGAAAGCAGUUGGCAAUAGCAAGGAAGUGAAGUGAGCAGAGAGACAUCAGUUAUUGGCCAGGGUCUUUGCAGCUGAGAGUCCCGCUGGCCUGUGUCCAGCUGCACAAAGAACACCUCUCCUUGCUUGUUAAGUUAAUUGGAUGGCCUUUUGAGUACAAAGAGACCCUGCGAUCAGCCGGUCCCUGUCCACCCUCCUCAGACUGCUCACGAUUUCCUCCAGGUGAGUCAGAGCAAGGCACAGGCGCUCUUCCUGUUGGGAGUGACUCAGGUUGGAGGAGCUGAUAAAAACCGCUGGAAUAAAGAAAGCGAAGCGAGCGGCGGGCCAGUCACAAGCCCCCCUGCAGGCCUCCUGCGCCUUGGACCUGGCGCUUCGUGCCUCCUGAGCGCCUGCACGGGCAGCUCUCGGCACCCCGCAAAUGGCUCCGUGCUGGUUUGUAACUCUGAGCUGCCUCAGUGCGUCUCUUCUCCUGCCUGCAGCCCUCAGCACCAGCUGGAGAGAAGGUGAGGUCUGCGACUGCAACGGGAUGUCCAGGCAGUGCAUCUUCGACUGGCAGCUUCUGAGGGAAACGGGCAACGGCUACCGCUGCCUCAACUGCCUGGGCAACACGGAGGGCCCCCGCUGCGAGAGGUGCAAGGAGGGGUACUUCCGCCAGCGGGAGGAGGAUUGCUGCCUGCCUUGCCACUGCCACCCCCAAGGUGCCUUGAACCCGCAGUGCGACAGCGAUGGCCGAUGCAGCUGCAAACCUGGGGUGAUGGGCAAGAAGUGUGACGAGUGCCAGCCGGGCUUCCACUCCCUCUCUGAGGCCGGGUGCCGGAGGAACGGGCAGAGCCUGCAAUGUGAGUGUGACCCAGCUGGGAGCACCGGGGAUUGCAUCUCGGGUCGAUGCGUCUGCAAGGCAAGCACGACCGGAGAGCAAUGUGACAGGUGCAAGCAAAACUUCUAUAACUUGGAUGCAAGAAAUCCCAUGGGAUGUUCCCCGUGCUUUUGCUACGGACACUCAGCUACAUGUGCCAGUUCUGAGAAUUACAGCAUCUAUAAAAUCACCUCCACUUUCCAGCACGGCACUGAAGGCUGGAGAGGUGUCCAUGAAAGUGGGUCCUCAGCCCAGCUCCAGUGGUCUCCACGCCAUCAGGAUGUAUUUAUUGCAGCAAGGGCAUCGGAACCUAUAUAUUUCAUGGCACCUGCAAAAUUCCUUGGGAACCAGCAGCUGAGCUAUGGCCAGACCCUCUCCUUUGAUUAUCGUUUGGAUCGAGGGGGACGUCAACCUUCUUCACAUGAUGUGGUCCUGGAAGGAGAUGGCCUGAGAGUCACUGCUCCUUUCUUGCCUCAUGGGAAGAUCCUGCCCUGUGGCAUCAGUGAGACAUAUACAUUCAGGUUGGAUGAGCACCCGAGCAGCAAGUGGAGCCCAAGGCUGAAUUUCUUUGAAUAUCGCAGGCUGCUAGGAAACCUGACAGCGAUCUGGAUCCGAGCCACAUUUGGAGAGUACAGUACAGGCUACAUCGAUAACAUCACCUUGGUGUCAGCGCGACCUGCGCCCGGAGUCCCUGCUCCCUGGGUGGAGCACUGCGACUGUCCUGCAGGGUACCAGGGGCAGUUCUGCGAGCGAUGUGCUCCUGGGUACAAGAGAGAGGCUUCCAGCCUGGGGCCUUUUGGCAUCUGUGUGCUGUGCAACUGCCAGGGGGGAGGAAUCUGUGAUCCAGACACUGGUGAAUGUUACUCUGGAGAUGAAAACGUGGGCAAUAGUGUCAGCUGCCCAUUUGGCUCCUACAGAGACCCGCGGUACCCUCACAGCUGUAGGCUGUGCCCAUGUGAAAAUGACCAAAGCUGCUCCAUGACACCAGGCAGAGAAGAAGUUGUCUGUGAUGGCUGCCCUCCUGGAGCCACUGGUGCCAACUGCGAGUACUGUGCCGAUGGCUAUUUUGGAGACCCCUCGGCUUCCAGGCCAUGCCAGCCUUGCCAGUGUAACAACAACAUUGAGCCCAAUGCUGUGGGCAACUGUAACCGCCAGACUGGCGAAUGCCUCAAAUGCAUCUACAACACAGCUGGUUUCCACUGUGACCGCUGCAAAGACGGCUUCUUCGGGAACGCCCUGGCCCCCAACCCCGCAGACAAGUGCAGAGCCUGCAACUGCAACUCGGUUGGUGCUGAGCCCCUGAGGUGCCAAAGUGAUGGGAGCUGCAUUUGCAAGCCUGGCUUUGAGGGCCCCAACUGUGAACACACUGAGUGUCCGGCCUGCUAUGGCCAGGUGAAAGCACAGGUGGACCUGUACUUGCAGCAGCUGCAGGAGCUGGAGCUGCUUUUCUCAGAGGUGCAGGCUGGUGGUGGGAUCGGGAAUGAAGAGCUGGAAGGGAAAGUGCAGCUGACUGAGGAGACACUGCGAGCCAUCCUCAGAGAAGCCUUGAGCUUACAAGCCUCCGACAAAUCUCUGGGAAGCCGCGUAUCCAGGAUGAAGGGGCAAGAGUCCAGUUACCAGAGCCGCUUGGAUGACAUCAGGGCAACAGUGGAUCGACUGAGGUUUCUUGGGAACCAGUAUGAGAAGCAAGUGCAGGACACCCGGCAGCUGCUGGAGAGGGCCAGGGUGGACCUGGACCGAAGUGGAGCUACUCUGAGUAGAGUGACUAUUCCAGUUUCAGACUUUCCUGGAGGCUCAAAUAAGUUCCUGAUCCUGGCCCAGGAGGCUCUGAGAUUAGCCAACAGCCACAUGCAAGCAGCCAACAUGAUUGAGCAAGCAGCAAAGGCGGCGCAGGAUAACUCGCAGCAGGCGCUGGAGCUGGUGCGCUCAGCUGUGAGUGGAGGGGCAAUCAUGUCAAGCUCCUUGCAAGGGCUGCUCAGGAAAUACGAGGAGGUGAAAUCACUGGCUGGAGACCUGGAUGUUGAAGCUGGCAGAACAGCUUCUGAGGCAGACAAGGCUUAUCAGGGCAGCCUGAUGCUCCUCAGCUCCUUGUCUCACUUGAUGAAGGCUGACACUGGAUCCUUUGAGGGGGAGGCAACCCGGCUGAAGCAGGAAGCAAACACUCUCAUGAGCAUGGUGGACACAUAUAUGGCAGAGUACAGGCAGCUGCAAAGCCGUACAGGCCUCUGGGAAGAAGAAAUCAAGCAGCUGUUGCGGAGAGGAGAAGGCGAGAGAGCGACAUUGACUCAGCUGCUGUCCCGAGCGAACCUCGCCAGGAGCAUAGCCCAGGAAGCUGUGAGUGCUGGCAACGCCACUUUCUACGAAGUUGAACAGAUUCUGAAAAGCCUAAGGGGGUUUAAUAUGCAAGCGGAUGACAAGAGAAGGGAAGCAGAAGAUGCUAUGAGGAGGCUACCAAUUAUUGGCAACAUGGUCACAAGUGCCAAGGACAAGACUGACCGAGCUGAAGCAGCCCUGGGCAGUGCUGCUUCCGAAUCAAAGAUAGCAAGCAGCAUCGCAGCAGAAGCAAAGGAGAUCACCAGUGGGAUUCAGCAGGAAAUUUCACGGCUGAAGGUGGAAACCAACAGGACGGCGGAUGGAGUCCUAGCUCUGGAGAAGGCAGUGGCCACCUUGCAGCGUGAGGCCAAAGAAGUGGAUGGUGAAUUUGAAAGGAAGGUGUCAGAGAUUGAAGCAGAUGCCACUAUGAUACAGGAGACAGCUCAAGAGGCUCAGAGUGCCCACGCCAAGGCUGGCCAGGCAGGGGUGGCAGUGCAGGAGACGCUGAGCGCCCUGGAAGAGCUGCUGCGUCUGAUGGACCAGCCAGAUGCUGUGGAUGAUAAAGACCUGAACCACCUCGAACUGACUCUUGGUAAAGCAAAGACCAAGAGGAACCAGUUGAAGGAACAGAUGUUGGGGCUGGAGCAAACAGCCACACUGCAGAAGCUCCGAGUACAGACACUGGAGAAGAGCAUUGAGGACAUCCUGGCAGAUAUUAAGAACCUGGAGGAUAUUCAGAGAAGUCUUCCUCCUGGCUGUUACAAUACAAAAGCCAUCGAACUACCUUGAGUGAGCUCUGGAAAGACUGCAGUGCAUGUCAGGCUGAAGACGGGAGAUCCUGGCCCAGUCACUCUCCCCAGAGCUGGCAGGACCAGCUGCAUUUGAUUUUGGUGAAUUUAACCUUACACUUGAGUUCAACAUGACAGCUGAAGUUCACAUCAUCACACUGGUCCCAGAGAGUCCCUGAUUUUCAAAACUGUCCGUCCUUUGGUUACAGGAGGAAGGACUGACUGCAUAAAGGUGCUACUGGCUGAAGAAUAGCCCAUUCCUACAACAGCUCCUCCAAGGCAUAGAUGGGGGCUGCGUGGUGCCACUUUUAGGAGUUUGCAGGGUCUCCACCACCUGCGGAUCCCCUCUCCUGGUCUAGCACAGACAGAGGGACCGAGUCUUUCCUUACUGUUUGUACUUGCAUGACCUAUUCCUCCUCAUGUUCUCCCAUAGGGUCUUCCUUGCCUUCUGUAACUCAGUAGAUAGGGAAUGAACAGUGUGAAGUAGGAAUUCAGGUGAAUUUCAAGCCAUGGAACUGCUGUUAAUUCCUGUUGUUUUCCUGCAGGUCCAGUCCUGACCUCAGUGCCAGCAGUGCUGGUGCAGUUUUUGGCUAUGGCUUAGGCUAGUUAGCAUCAGAUGCCACUGUGACCUUUUUCGAGAAACUGCAAGUCUUCCACAGUGCUUUUCAGUAAGGUGGUUACUGUUCUGCUAGAGGAAAAAGAAGAGCCAGGUUGGUUUUGUGCUCAGGGUCGUGUGCUAGAUGGAGGAAAAAGGGGGAUCUGACACUAGCGUGUUAAUGAAGGGGUAGAGAAUUGCUAGGAUUCAUCAAAUGAGAAGUUGUUCCUGCUCCACUCACUUCCUUUACCCUGCAAGAAAGAAGGGGCACCACUUCUUCUUUUUCCUACAUUUCUUUUUUGAGCAUGUUAACUGACAGCACUUGAAGGAUGGCUUUCAUGUUCAAAGCUACUGUUUUGCAACAGCAGGUCUCCCUAGCAUCCCCAUAUGCACACUCACUCAUAUGCACACAAGCACAACCCUUCCUUCCCAAGCCAGGCAGCCUCCUGGGUGUCCCUGAGCCCAUGAAAAGCAAGUUCCUGUCUCUUCUGCACAAGGACCAGAGAUCCAGUAGCACUUGUUAACAAGAGUAGGAGCUUUCUUCUAGGGAUCAUAGCCAAAAAUAAUGGUGUUUGAGAGUUUGGACUCAGCCUGGUGGAUUGCCAGCAACCUAAUUUGGUGUGUUUAAAGAAAACCUGAUGAAUGUCUUAAAUGUGUCUCCACCUCUGGUUUGGUGCUGUCCAUUCCUUCCCCUCCCCCAUGUGGUGUUGGAUGUUUCACAGAGAAAACUCUAGUGCUAAAGUAACUGUAUGCAAAGUUUUGUUUUUCUAUUGUAAUUAUCUCCUGAUGAGAGCUUGGAGGAACUGUGACGUUCCCGAUACUCAUCUUCUGUUUUCUUGUGGGUUCAGCUCCAUUUUGACACCAUUUCCAGCUUUUUGACACCACUUCAGGGAUUAGAGCCCAGGGGCAGCAGAUGCUGAGACUGAACUCUGCUGAAGAGCCCUGACCUGGGUGGUGAUGAAAGAGGACUCUGAGACUGAAGAGGGAGGACGCUUUGGGGAGAUGAACUUCUUAUUCCUUGUUAGCUCUGGUUCUCUGACAAAACAGUGCCAAUGCUUUUGCUUGAUAAGGAUAUACUGAGUAAUUGCCUGUGUCAUGCUUUUAUUUAAGUGAUAUAUAUUUUUGCCUUUGGCGUGUUUUCCUUUUCCGAUUGUGCGGUAUAGGAUAGGUAUUGUGGAUGUGACUUUAUUUUCCCUUGAGUUGGAUUUCCUCAAGGAGAGGAAGUCAAUAAAUAAUGAAUAUUUUUGGCUGGAUCUUGCUUACUGGUCUGUUUUCUCUAGCUGUGUGUUUUG